AUGGCAUCCUCACUACUGCUUGAUCUGCUGUCCCUAAACAUAACUCAGCUCUGCCAAUGGGCGGCCUGGCUCUGUGCCCUGUUUACAAUAUUCAAAGCAUGCAAACUGUACCUGACAAGGAGGGAGCUGCUGGCAACAUUUAAAGAUUUCCAGGGUCCUAAGACCCACUGGCUGUUUGGGCAUGCCAACGAGGUAAGCUGCAUGCAGGUGUCACUUUAUCCCUUUGAUAGAAAAGUGAUGAAAAAGUUUGGCAUUCCAGAUAUCUAAAUACAUUUUCAUUAGGGUUGGCUGGGGUAGACUUGGAGAUCUAGAUCACAAUGAAUUAAAAUUUGGUAGAAUUUCCAACAGAUUCGAUAUAAUUUUGAAUCUCAGAAUCUCAAAACAAACUAUAACCGAUAUCAAUAACAACCAAAAAAUUUCAAAAAUCCCAACCAUAUCAAUUCAGAAGAAAUUUAAAAUGUUCAUUGUGCACACGUCUAGUAGCCACUGCCAGUUAGCACCAACUCUGAAUCACUAAUUUACACUUUGGGAGUAGCUGAUUUAAAAAAAAAAAAAAAAUAUUAAAGGGACACUAUAUGCACCCUUUUCCUUUUUAUUUUAGGGAUUCCCUGGCGAUUUUCAGGUCCAAUUGGACCAAAAUUUUGAAUCAAACCCAAAUUUUAAAUCAAACUGAACAUUUUUUGUCCACAAUUCUUCAAAACUGAAAAAUGGAAGAAAAAAAAAUCAGAGCCUCAUGAACAGUGAAGAGCGCAGAGAGAUCAUUAUCAGAAGAGUGAUAGUAGUGAAACUAGCACUGAUAGUGAGCAGGACACUAUUGAGAAAUCCAUUACAAUAGUGAGAAAUCUAUGUGUAAAGUGUUGAAUAUAGUUAGAGCCAUUCUAUCUGAUUAGCACAGAACAUAGAAGGAUUCUGAAGACUGCUGACAGUAUUGACAGGAAUUUAGAGUAUUGGUAGGCAUUUAGUCAUAUAGAUAGGUGCAGUGUGUGAAGAGUGCUGUGUCUGAGGGGUGUUGUAUGUGUGUGAAGGGUGUAGUGUGUGUGAGAGAGGUGCUGUGUUUGUGUGAAAGGUGCCGUGCGUGUUUGAAGGGUGCUGUGCGUGUGUGAUGGGUGUUGUGCAUGUGUGAAGUGGGCAGUGCAUGUGUGAGAGAUGCUGUGUGUGUGAGAGAUGCCUUGUGUGAGAGGUGCUUUGUGUGUGUGUGAGCAGUGCUGUGAGUAUGUGUGUGAGAGGUGCUGUGUGUGUGUGAGAGGUGCUGUGUAUGUGUGAAGGGUGUUGUGCAUUUUUGAAGGGUACUGUGCAUGUGUGGAGGAUGCUGUGCAUGUGUGAAGGAGGCAGUGCAUGAGUGAGGGGGCAGUCUGUGUGUGUGUGUGAGGGUGCAGUCAGUGUGUGUGAGUGUGUUGGGGGCAGUGCAUGUGUGAGGGGAGCAGUGCAUUUGUGGCAGGAGCAGUGCAUGUGUGAGGGGGCAGUGUGUGUGAGGGGACAGUCUGUGUGAGGAAGCAGUCUGUGUGAGGGGUUCUAUCUGUGUGUGAGGGGGCAGUGUGUGUGUGUGUAUAAGGGGUGUAAUGUGUGUGAGUAGGCAAUAUUUUGCAUAAAUAACUUAGACCACACAGUAAACACUGACACAGUUUAUGUAUAUUUCAAUGGGCUAGGCCGUGGUGUUUAUUUAAAGCUUAAAAAGGGGCAUACCACCAUAACUUAAUAACGGUAACAUAUUUACAUAAACUUUUCACUUUUCUUCCCAAACUUUUAACUUUCACCAUCACUUAAUUGCCAGUCAGUCAUAGCUAACCUGACCGCCUUUUAUAUACAACCAUUUAACACAUAUCCUUCUUCAGAACUUGAACCUGAGGAUGACUUUGCCCCCAUGCUUUCCAACACCACGACAUGAAUUAUAAAGAAAGUUAGCAAAUAGGGGAGUGAGGACGGGGGUCAUCCGUGCUUCUCCUGCCUUGCAAACAGCUGACAGGGACUGCGCUUCCACUUUUUCUGCUCACCUGGCUCUCCGCGCUUCACUGGCUCGCAGCCUGCAACCAAUCCUCAGCCAGCUCUUGUCCCCAGCAACAGCUGUGUCACCAAAUCUGCCCAACAACCUAACCAGGUGUCAGGAACUCUCACGAAACUUUCCAUAACUGUACCAACAGGACAACGUAACCCUGUAUUGCCACCAUCCAUAUAUGCCACAUUGCUUAAAGGGACUCUCCAGCCAACCCGUUUUACUCACCUGGUUGCAGCGCCGGGAGCCUCGUGAAACCGCGCCCCCCAUUUCGUCAAAAUGACAAAAUAGGCAGGCGCGAGCAGGGCGCAAUUAGACGCUUCCAUUCAUGCCGCCCUCUGAAGUCCUAAGCGCACUACCGCGCAUGCGUGCGGUGUGCGCGGCCGCGAGCUGAGCUGACUGACAGCUCAGCUUGCGGUCUUUGCCCGUCCCCUCUCCUCGGCUGACAGGCAGGAGAGAGAAGGCGCGCACACAGUGCCUUCUCUCUCCUGCACAUGUCAGACGUAUUUUAAUACGUCUGACGUGUACAGGGCCUUUUUAGGGCCCUACAUGAUAGGAAGUGCCUCUGGUGGCCGUCUGAGUGACGGCCACUGGAGGGAUUCCUAUCAAUCAAUGUAAACACUGUAUUUUCUCUGAAAAUACUGUGUUUACAUUAGAUUGCCUGCAGGGUGCUAUAGAUCUCACCUGAACAACUACAUUAAGCUGUAGUUGUUCAGGUGACUAUAGUGUCUCUUUAAUGCCUGUGGCAUCUUAAAGGUUUAUUUGUUAGGUAGAGAAUUAAGGUGAUGUUACAAAAUAGCCAAGUUGGAAAAAGUCUACGUUAUUGAAUUCCCUGCAUACCAACUCUCUUCCGAGCAGUUCUUACAUCUUCCUGAGAUACUUUGAACACACUGUAUUUACCAUAAUAUCUUGUUUUUCAGCACAAACGUUCAUUUGCGAUAAAUUUGAAUACAGUGAAAAAACAAGGAUAUUUUAUAUAAAUUGCGCAACUAAUAGGUAACUUUUAGUUAGUUCCUAAGACGUGCUAUUAACUUCUGCAAAGACAAUUAUUCUGUAACAUAAAUAUAACACACUGAGCACCUGUAUUCAUGUCUUAUCCCUUUACUGAUAAUAUUUAGAGAUUCGGAUUUCACCUUAUAUUUUUUUAUCAAUUCAUUUUAUGACAUAUGAAACCUGUACUUUGAUCUCCUGUACCUUUCAUUGUGAUAAGUGAUAACAUUUAUCAUUAAUCCUGCAAAGAUGCCACAAGAUGAGUAAUGAUAAUUGCCGUAUAUCAGCUAUAUAUACCCUGCUAUGAGCCCCAUAUACCUGAUAUGAACGUAUUAUUUUCUGCUUCUAAUUUCAAUAGAUCCUUGCUAGCUAAGAUGAAAGAUAGGGGGGGUGAGUUAAGGAGUCAAAAGCCUGUUAUUCUAAAAUUCCUCAAAUUCAAUGUCAUAGUAGAGGAACUUCUGUUCUGGUAAGAUUUUACAACUAUUUCUGCAAAUCUACAGGUAAAACCUUUGGUGACUCCAAAUCUCAGAAUAAAUAUAACAGUAUCGGCUUCUACAGUAAAACCAAUAAAAACAUUUAUUCAACUCUAUAAAUAGAGAGAUAUUCAGCUAAUCACCAGUGCACGUCCUCCAUAUAGCAGACACAAACAUUGCAUGUUAAUUGCUCCCUGGAGCUUCUUUCAAGAUUAAUAAACACAAUAAAACAAUCUCAGUAUAUAAAAACGUGUUGCUCACCAAUAGUGUCUGUAUGAAAGAAAUACAAGAUUUUCUGUAACCAGUAAGGAAAACUGUAGAAUAUUGCAUGUUCUAUGUUUCUAUUGAUUAUAUAUGGAUGUGUGGAUUGACAUAAGUAACAGAGGGUCUAAGUCACAUGGCUUUCUUUGUCUGAGAGCUCUGCAAUGUAAAUUGGGGGUUUUGUCCUUAUAUGGCUAGAGUUAUAAUCUGAUGUCAUUAUGGUCAUAUCUAUAUAGUAACUGAACACGAAGUCUCUCGCUCUCUUGGUUCUUGGCUCUCUUUCCUGUACAAGAUGUAACUCUCCCAUCAGAAGUCCAGCAAUUACCAUCUGCUGUUGAAUGUCCAUUAUCCUGUAACAUAAUUUGUUGUUUUAUUAUGUAUCAGUAACUAAGAAUAAACCUGAAGAAACCGUAAGUCAGAUUGCGUAUUAGUACUUUUCAUUAAUAUAGACAUAUUAAUGUUGAGAGCAAAUUUGGCCCAAGACUAUGUAUACAAAAGACGUAUUUAUAUCAAUCAACUGAAGACAAGAAGAAAUUAAGAAGAUUUAACAGUGACCAAUAUAUUAAUACCGUACUCUUAAAGAGAAGAUGACGUACUAUGACAUAAAUAAAGAAAACUGGAAGCAUGAUCAUAACACUCGGAAAUAAAGGUACAGUUCACUCUUUCAAAUAAUAUGAAUAAUCCAGAGGCAAUGUAGCAAGAUGUGUAGAUCCUGAUAACCUCCACAUCUAAUUCCGCUUUCUCCAAGAAUAAGGGAGAAGGGCUACUCAAAAAAGUCUCUUUCAAAAGCAUAUAAUAAAGCGUUAGAGACUGAUAGACAGAUCUUUUGUGAACAUCAGCGUCCCUCUAAUGAAUCCAAGAAAAUUAUCAGAAUAAUUGGACCUCAUAUGGCAGGCUGGCAAUUCAUGAAACAAACACUACAAUAUUUCUGGCCUCUGCUUAUAUAUGAUCCACAUCUUAAGGAUGUAUUCUAUCCAUUUGUGAUCUUCACGGCACACAGCUUCUGCUAGUUCCGAGUCAUCUCCAACCGGGCCCUAAAAAGAACCAACGUUGGCUACACAGUUCUCUGGUUGGCGCGGUCAGAUGUGGUAGAUGUGUAGUGUGCAAAUAUAUUAAAUAGGAAUCAGAUUCAAUUAAUAUUAGAUGUUUAAUUGUUGAUAGUAAGUGCAGAUUAUUCCCCUCCUUGUGCCUUUUGUUUGGGGCACUGGUCACUUAUCACUAUUCCACAUUCUUAAUUAUUUAUUUGUUUCUUUUCUUUCUUUAUUGAUUGAGGACUUUUAAGAAUUAACAUCAAAGUGAUGUUUUAAUUGCAGGCAAUUAUUGGAGUUAAGCCCUCUGUUGAGGCUUGACUUUAUUGGAAAUCUAUCUAUCUAUCUAUCUAUCUAUCUAUCUAUCUGUCUAUCUAUCUAUCUAUCUAUCUAUCUAUCUAUCUAUCUAUCUGUCUGUCUGUCUAUCUAUCUAUCUGUCUGUCUGUCUAUCUAUCUAUCUAUCUAUCUAUCUGUCUAUCUAUCUAUCUAUCUAUCUAUCUAUCUAUCUAUCUAUCUAUCUAUCUGUCUAUCUAUCUGUCUGUCUGUCUGUCUUUCUAUCUAGAAUAUUUGCUAUACGAUACAAUGUGACCAACUUUCUCUGCAAAAUCAUAAGCCUGCUGUUGCCUAUAUUUAUUUUCUUGCAUUAUGUGUACUAACUAGGGAUGCACCGAAAUUAAAAUUCUGGGCCAAAACCGAGAACGAAAAUUCAGGAUGCCCUUGGCCGAAAACCGAAAAUGACUUUUUUCCCCAAAUGAUUUUACAAUGUUUUUUUUUCCUAUAAUUGUAUUAAUAUUAGACUUUUUAAUGAAUUUAAUGAAGGUGACCUAACAUUGUAGACCGUUUUACCGAAUAUUGCUAUGUAAAUUUGCUCCAUCAAAUUGAAAUAGGUGGAUGAAGAUGAAGGUCAACUUCAAUAAAGCAAUUAUAUUUUAUGAAUACAUUCUGCAGGCAAAGGUUGUAGGAAAUACAAGAGUUGAAAUCAUACUGUCUGUCUGUAAAACUAAAGCUGGCUAAGAGCAUACUUACUGGCUAUAUAUACUACUGAAGAGUUAUAUGUCAAUAGCACAUAAACUGCAAUCCUUUUUUUUUCAUCAAUCUAUACAGUGUUGGUGAUCCAUUCAUUCACAUCACUUCGCACAUGCGUGGCUGCCAUGUUUAGAGAGGCAGAAAGCAAAUGCGCUUCACUCUAUCAAGGUGAACGGGGAUAGCUCCUAGAACCUCCAGGAGAGUUGGGAUAUCUGUGCACGCAGGGCAAGGGGAGGGGGUGUUUUUGGCAGAUUUGACCCUUUUUUUGGCCGAAAUGUGUUAGGCCCAUUUUCGGCAGAAAAUUUCCGCAGCCGGAAUUUCGGUGCAUCCCUAGUACUAACCCAUAUGUGAGAGAUUAAAUGAAUUGGAUUUUAAUAAGAUCAUUACACCAUACUUUCCACUCAUGCUAAGGAGCAUAUAUACACUAUGUGUUUGUGUAUAGCUGGCAUUAUCAUCUAAACUUCCUAUUAUUUUGAAGCCUAUAUACCAGAUUUAGUUUGCAUUUUCCAAGUAAAGAAGGUUAAUACAUUUAUUAGUUUAAUAUUCCAGUUUGGAUAAAAAUGUAUUUUAUGCCUGCAGUUCAAAGGAGAUGGGAAAGACUUGGACAUUUUGAAUCGCUAUGCUGAAAAAUACCCAUACGCCUACCCGUUAUGGAUGGGGAAAUUCUUUGCCUCACUCAUGAUCUGCCAUCCUGACUAUGCCAAGGCCAUUCUCACAAGACAAGGUAAGGAAGACUGGAUGUAUUGUGAACCAAUUGUCAUAUUUAGUUACUGGAAUAUAUAUAUAUAUAUACAGUUUCUUUACUUAAAGGGACAGGAUGGUUACCAGAACCCCUACAGCAUAAUGCUGUGGUUCUGGAGUCUGUAGCAUAUCCCUGCAGGUUUUUCUAUGCCUUUGCUGAGAAAAUAUCUGAGUAUACCAAAUAUUUGGUCACAAGAUUGUGGUCAACGCAUUUUGUAUGUGUAGUACUUUUUCACAAACCUUGAAAAAAUAUUAUACCUAUGAAACUUGUUGACCACAUUGCCAUGAGGUGUGUGGUACUUGUGAUCUACAUGUCCACUUGACUGAGAGCUCUGCGUUUUCUCUACAUCACCUACAAUUUGCAAGUCCAUUUUUAAUUCUUUAUAAUUCCAAGGUUAAGUAAAUAACCCUGUGUGACACUGCCUCAUAGAAUUUAAAUUAAAUCCUCACUCUCCAGGGGGGUAAUAAUGAGUUGGGGGGUGGGGGGUGCCUGUGCAUAAAAAUGGAUCCCUGUCCGUCACCUGCUGCUCAAUUAUUUGUCCCCAUUUCCCCCAGUUUACUGGUGGGUUGGGGUGGAGAGGACUGGAUGCUAUAGGUCCUGGUGUCUAGUGAAGGAGAUGUGGGCACCAGACAGCACACAUAUCACCGUACUGGUCCAAAUUUGGUGCAUUCUGCUCUUAAAUCUAGUGAGCACAAUGAUGAGAUUUCAGGAAAGGAAUAAUAGUACUGCCAGUUCUACAAUUAACUGCACUCGUGCUGCUUGUUAGACAGGGUAUCAUAAGGUCUGAGGCUUUUUAGGGAAGAUUUAUAAAGACAAAACAUUCUAUUCUGGAGAAAAGUCAUAAACGUUAAGAGAAACUAUAUUGGUUUCCAUAGUGUUUUUUUUCCUGCUUAGUACUAUGUCAAAGAGCAGUUCCUAUUUUUACUUUUAUAAAUCUUCCACUUGAUGGCCUGAAAUCAGGGGCCGGCUACACCUACGCAGCCAUUAUCCCCAUCGUCAUGCCAGUAUCAGUUAUCAGUGGGUGAAUGGAUGGCAGGUUUAUGUCACGUGUUACAAGCUUCACAUGUUAUGUAUUGUCUUUUUACAGAUCCAAAGGAUAAUUUUGGGUACUACUUUAUAACUCCGUGGAUUGGUAUGUAAUAUAUUUUCACCAGUUAUAAUGCAACAGCAACUACUUCAUAUGGACCUGUUAUCAAUGAUUAGUCUGUUUCUCUCUCUCCAUUCCAAAAAACUAGACAUUUUCUCAAUUCACGUUUUAGUGAAUAAUAGCCCUGUUCCUGGAUGGUAGGUGAGACAUAUUUUUUAAUCUGGUGUAGGUAUUCAAAUAAUUUGCUGUCAUUCCAUGAAGCACUGUUCUAUUCUGAAAGAUUAAUUACCAUAUAUUAACUAUAUUGAAAAUAUCCAAGGUGGUUUGAAGAAUUUUUCUUUUCUGAAUUUAUAAUUCUCUUGUCAGUUUUCCACAAUUUGGUGAUUUUUGAACCAGUUCAAUUCGAUGUGUAUUAUUAGGGAAGGGUCUGUUGGUUUUGUCUGGACAGAAGUGGUUCCAGCACCGUCGGCUGAUAACCCCUGGAUUUCACUACGAUGUACUGAAGCCGUAUGUGAAGAUAAUGUCAGAUUGUGCCAACGUUAUGCUGGUAAUCAUAAAAUGAAUAUUAUAUUUAAUAGUGUGGGGCCACUUUUGGACAUGAGUCAUGCUGACCUAAUCAGUAUGCCACCAUAUUAUAAUAUGAUUAAGGGGAAGGUACGGUUAAAAUACAGAUUAAACCUUGUCUUUCCUGGCUUUUUGAAGUAUGCAUAAACAGAAGCAAGUGAUUUUACUCCUAAAUGGACGUAAAUUGAGUUGUGAAACUUCGAAGCAUGAUCUAUACACAAAAGAUUCUUCAAUAAGCUAGAGUUGUUUUGGUGACUACAGUGCCCCCUUAAUAACAAUAAAUAUUGUGGAUUGAUACAGUGUAAUAUGAUGUGGUCAGUAGUAAAUGAUUGAUACAGUGUAAUAUGAUGUAGUCAGUAGUAAAUGAUUGAUACAGUGUAAUAUGAUAUAGUCAGUAGUAAAUGACUGAUACAGUGUAAUAUGAUGUAGUCAGUAGUAAACGAUUGACAUUGUGUACGUUAUAGAUUGGUUUCUUCCUAUUUUGUCUUUCUGCAUUUAGGAUAAAUGGGAAAAACUGGUGCCUGAGAAGAAAUCAGUGGAGCUUUUUCACUACGUCAGCUUGAUGACACUGGACACCAUCAUGAAAUGUGCCUUCAGUUACCAUAGUAACUGCCAGAAUAACAGGUUGUACAACUAGAAUGUCUUCCUCCUUGAAUAGAAAUACUGCUAUCUUGUUAAAGGGACUCUCCAGUGCCAGGAAAACAAUCCGUUUUCCUGGCACUGCAGGUCCCCUCUCCCUCCCACCUCCCCUUCAGUGACUUACCAGAGGCAGCGACAAUGUCCCUCGCCGCUGCUUCUUGGUCCGCCCACGCUCCUCCCCAUCUCCACGACAUCCAGCGGGGAGACAGAUGCUUUCCUAUGGGGAUUUCAGCGACGCUGGAGGUCCUCACAUAGCGUGAGGACGUCCAGCAACAAUAUGGCACAGAAAACCUGUGCUAUGAAUCAGGAAGUGCCCUCUAGUGGCUGUCAAAAUUGGACCAGUAGACAGCCACUAGAGGAGGAGUUAACCCUGCAAGGUAAAUAUUGCAGUUUAUGAAAACUGCAUUAAUUACACUUGCAGGGUUAAGGGUAGUGGGAGUUGGCACCCAGACCACUCCAAUGGGCAGAAGUGGUCUGAGUGCCUGGAGUGUCCCUUUAAACAGUAGAUCAAAGACACUAGUGUUCAACAUCUGCUGAUCGGAUUUCUCACAAUCACAGCACAAUAAGUACGACUCUAAUCAGUACUAAUCUAAUCACUGCACUAAAAGGACUACUCUAAGCAGUACUAAUCUAAUCACUGCAUAGUAAGUACUACUCUAAAAGAAAGAUCUACAUUAUACCCAUAUGGAAAUAAAUCUGGCCCAUUGGAGGUAUUUGAAAAACUUCUUAUUAAAGACCUGCAAAAUAGUAGGAAUAAUAAAUACGACCAUCAGAACCAAAGAAGAAAAGAACAAGAAGCCUCAAAACAACUUCAGAAUAGCAAAGAAAUUAUUAUAAAACCCACUGACAAAGGCGGAGGCUUAGUCAUACUUCCUAACGAUAUGUAUGUUGAGGAGGCCCUCAAACAAUUAGAUGACAUUAAGGUCUAUGAAAAAUGUACAUUUGACCCUACACAGAAACUACAUUGAGAAAGGAAAACUAUCUAGUUUGCUCAAUGAACAUGAAUUUACUUAUCUUACUGUGCUAUACCCUAAGGUCCCAGUUAUAUACUUCCUCUCAAUAAUACAUAAAUAUGAGAAAAAUCCCCCGGGAGACCUAUCAUGGUGGAUAUAGGCUUCCUCUUGACAAUUGUAUUUGAAUAUUUAGAUGUUUUAUUACAACAUUCUGUUUAAAAAAAACAAAGUUUUAUUUAAAAGAUUCUACAAUCCAAGUUUUAGAUGGAAUGACAUGAGACACCAAAUCUAUCUUAGUAACAUGAGGUGCAUUCGCUAUACACUAUUAAUUCCCAUCAACAGGGUUGUCAAUCGGUAAAAAUUAUACUGGCACGAAAAAAGAUUAUUCUGGAACAACAAAUAGAAUACAUCAAGAAGGCAUGGAUAUUAUUUUAACCAAUUUUAUUUAUUUUAUUUUUUAAAAUUAAUUUUAUCUAUAAAAAUGUGGGAAUGCAAUGGAGACCAGGUUCGCUCCGAGUUAUGCAAAUCUCUUUAUGGCAGAUCGGAAGUCCACUGCCUGCUGGGGGAGCAUGCUUGGAGGUAUUGAUGAUGUAUUUUCUUUAUUGGGACAGGUCUGUAAACACAUUGGAGUUAUUGUAAAGCACUUUAAUUCUAACGACAACAGCAUUAUUUUAACUUUGGAACAUAAUAAGAGAGGAAUUAACUUUUUAGAUCUUCAGAUUUUUAUUCAAGAAAGGUAAAUGAAUACUCAUGCUUUUUUUAAAAAAAGUUCACACCAUUACUGUAAUAGACCAUCGCCAUUGUUCCUGGGUGGAUCUCAGGAUCGUACUCACUAGACUUUUACAUUAAAUUUCAAAUAAAUUGCGAUUCAUCUGAAUUUUGGGAGAUGGGUGCUUAGUGCAAAAUCACGAAGCCCAAAACUCUAUAUGGAUGAAUCACAAACAAAAUGGGCAAUGGACUCACAAUUUUGUUUGCUUCUUAAUUUCCACUCAGGGCAUCAGAAAUAGAUGAUUAAGAAGAAAAAAAAGAUGAUUAAUGGCUAGGGAACAUUUACUAAAUGUUGAUUUUGUUUGCAGAUCAAAUGAGAAGUGACCAAUAGAUGGAAAAGAUGGAGGAGUACUAAAAAAAAAUCUAUAUUUUAUGAUUUAAUAAUUUUUUUUACUACUUUCCUUUUUUUCCCCCUCCAUUGAUUAGUUCUUGUCGCUUGAUCUGUAAUGCUAAUGGCGGAAAAAAAAGUAUAUUAUGUAUAUUUUUUGCAGUACACCGACUAGCCAAUUUUUACGACAUUUUGGUCUGCCUGGAUCAUUUCCCCAAACCAAAACACCAUAUGGACAAACCCCGACUUACCUGAAACAUUUUUUUUCCCGGAAAAAUCGAUUUAGACAAAAUAUUUUCCUUUUCCCUUGUGUCUAGUCCCUUGUGAUCACAGUAACAGGGCAUUAGCAUUUCCAACUAUAGCAGGUUGCAUGUGUAAUUAAUGUUUUCACUGGUGCUUCCGUUGCAGUAAACCAGUCUAAGCUUUAUUGGCCUUGUAGAUGUGUCUGAACUAAAUUCUCCAUAACGUUCAUUGGAAAUAUAGAUCAGACAUCUACAAGGUCAAAGUUAGUGGUCACUGCUCUAGACCUCCCAGUGACCCGCAAAGCCUAUUAGUCUCACCCCCGGUCCUGCUCUUAUUAAAUGGAUUGCUUGUCUUUUUGCAGUGACAAUGCCUAUAUUAAAGCAGUAUAUGACAUCAGUUACAUCGUGGAUUACCGCUUUGGAUGCAUUCCGUAUCACAAUGAUCUUAUUUUCUACCUGAGCCCCCAUGGGUUCCGCUUCCGCCGAGCGCUAAAGAUAGCGCAUCAACACACUGGUAUUUAUGCGGUUUUCAUAUUCAUUUAGAGAUUUUAUUUUUCAGUCUAAUGUAUUGCUCAUACGUUUUACAUUUUUAUUCUUAUAUUUAGACAUCAAUAAGCUUAAAUGCAUCUUUAUUGCAGAACAUAGUUAUCAACCCUAAACAGGAACAAUUCCAGGGCAAAGGGAUAAACAAAAAUCACCAUGGAAACUAAUAGAAUUUAUGUUCCAGUUUAGCAUGAUGCACCUAGAUUUGCUCCAAAUUUUUAGAGAGGCAGGCUUAUGUUUUGGCAUCAUGAAAUAAGGGAUUUACUUCUUAAAUUGUUAUAUUACUGCUAAAAAUAGAAAUAUAGCAUUGCAUGUGGGGGCAUUAAUUCCCAUUUUUUCUUUCUUUUUUCUCAUUUUUGGUGGUUGGGUUAUGUGUUUUUCCAUGUUACAAAAUGCAGAUGCUGUGACUUGCAACCUGCAUUAUAAUUUCUUGUACAUUGCACUCGAUUCUAAAUAAAGAAUAUUAAAAAAAGAAAUAUCGAUAGACAGAUCCUCUUACACACAGACAGGGUGGAUUGCUAUUUAAAAGGACACUAUAGUAACCACAAGUUCAGCUUAAUAAAGCAGUUUUGGUGUAUAGAACAUGCCCCUGCAGUCUCAAUGCUCAAUUCUCUGCCAUUUAGGAGUUAAUCACUUUGUUUAUACAGCUCUAGUCACACCUCCCUGCAUGUGACUUACACAGCCUUCCUAAAAACUUCCUUGUAAACUGAUAUUUCAUAUUUACACUUCCUUUAUUGUGAAGUCUGUUUAGUUUAGAAUAUAUUAUCUUAUAAACUAUUAAUAGCUUGCUAGACCCUGCAAGAGACUCCUGUGUGUGAUCAAAGUUAAAAUUACAAACCAGGAGAUACGACUUCUAAAUCAAGUUAACAUCUGAUUGGAAAUUAAGCCAUUUUUUUAAUGCAGUCUGUUCAAGUCGCAGACAGGGGAGGUGUGGCUAGGGCCGCAUGGACAGAAACAAAGUGUUAUAACUCCUAAAUAGCAGAGAAUUGAGCAGUGAGACUUCAGCUGCAUGAUCUAUACACAAAAACUGCUUCAUUAUGCUGCUUUGGUGACUAUAGAGUCCCUUUAAAAUAUGUAUAUUUAUAUAUAUAUCUUUAUUUACUAAAUAUAAGGGAUAUAUUUAUAGUCUACAGAUGCAUUGGGGUCAUUUUUACCAAAGUAACUACAGGUGCUAUUCUUGGACAAAGUACUAAAUAAGGGAGCUAUCACCGUAGAAACAAACAUAAUCUCUCACAAAAUGUGAUAAAUACACCCCUACGUUUUUUCUUCUUUAUUGGUAGAACGUAGCAGACAAGUUAACAUUUGUUAUAUUUUCCAAACAGCUAAAGUUAUUAGAGAGAGAAUGGAAUCAAUGAAACAGGAAAAAGAACUUGAGACGAUUAAAAAGAAGAGACAUUUAGACUUUCUGGAUAUUCUUCUGUGUGCAAAGGUAAUGAACAUACAAUGGAUCUCGUUCAUAUUGGCUGCUAAAGAUUCAGCAAUAUCUAUCCUAUACUAUUUAUUAUCUCUUAUCUUUAAUUUUUUUCUUCUAUUUUUUUCUCUAGAUUGUCACACAUGGUCUGCGACUGUGUUUUGUUUUAAAAGAAAGUGGAAAAUUAGAUAUUAUGUGUUAGUUAUUAAAUGAGACUAAAUGUUAAUUGUACGCACGGAUAAAGAAAGAAGUGAACAAUAGAGGAAUAACAGGGUAGCAGUAAAAAAAAAUAUUGUAUUUAUGUAUUUCCUAUUUAAAAAUAUUUAUAAUAUAUAAAUAAAUGAAUAUGGAUUUUAUUUCUGCUUCUACAAUUUUUCUCCCUAUUAGUUACUUUUUCACACUUGAUCUGUGAACCAAAUGGUGGGGAAAAGCUCCUAUCAGUGAACUGCAAAAUGUAUUCAUAUACUAUAUUAUGAAUAUAUUUUGCUGCACACUGAUUUACCCAUUCUCACGCCUGUCCGGAUUAUUCUUUGUUUCCUGAACUGACAUUUGGUCAAGCCUAACCAACAUCUAACUCAAUGUUUUGUUUCCCCUAAAAAUGUUCUAUAUUCAGAAAACAAUUCUCUCUGUGCACAUGGCUAGAUUCUUCUAUAUAAUUUCAUUGUGAGAUGACUUAUGUGUUAAAAUUGAAAUUAUAUUUAUUUAUUUUAUUUAUUUAUUUAUAAAAUAUUUUACCAGGAAAUUAUAAGAUUUUUAUAUAGGCAAUAUCUAGUACAAAAUAAAAUAGCAAAAAAUAAAUAUGGCGGAGUAACACUGGCCAACUCCUAAUAUGAGUGUUUUCCAUAAUACACUAUUUUUACAUCUGUAAUUAAAGGUACUCAAUUAUCCAUGUGUCAGCAAGCACAGUGCUUUAUUAAAUAACUACGGCUACUUUGUCCUGCAGUUCACAAAUCCCUAGCCAAUAAUCUACAAUUCAUGACACAGUGAAAAAUACUCAUAAUGGUUUGUUCACAAAGACUUUUCUACCAACUCGUAAAUAAAUUAUUAUAGUAAACUUCAUAACAAUGUUUAAGGUGUUGAGAAAAGACAGUUUUGUAAUGCGUCAUCUGCACUGUCUCUCAAACCUCAGGAUUGUAGAUUAUAUUUUGAGUCACAGCUACUCAGCCAAUAUUUGUUUUGAGCUUGAUAUAAUGAAUAACCAUAACCACUAAGGGUGCCAGGAGCCCACUGGCACGAUCUCCCCGUUAUGUAUCAAUCAUUUACCACAACCUGGCCCUUAUUAGAGAUAUCAGUAAAGCAGAAAUGUAUCUUCUGCGUUAGUAUUAUCCAUUUUUGUCCAAUUGUAGUUUGAAUUAGUCGGCUGAAGAAUGUCAGCUAACACUCUUAUCCAAUUAAUUCCAUCCAAACAUGGAUGGAACUGCUUUUGCUAAUGCAAAAGCGGAACUUUGACUAUUGCAAUUGCAAUACCUGGAAGUUCCCUGGGAGCCAUGGUUAGAGUCAAACCAUUGAUUGCUACUGCUUUAAUCAAAUCAAGUGUUCUUUGGAGAAAGUGAUUAACAAAAAUGGACUACUAUACUUAAUAUUGUAUUUUAUACUGUAAAUAUAUUUUACUUAGAGAGAUACUGUGCUGAUAUACAAAAGCAAUAUACCUUACAAAUAUAAAAGGAUAUAUCAUGUAUUUUACUUAUCCUUAUUUAUUGCCUAUGAUAGGUUCAUCAAAUUUCUAGUUUCUUGGCUAUACUGGAACUAGAAUGUGCUAUAUAUGUAAUAAGAGAAAAAAGAAACUAUAAUACAAGUUUUGGGAAAAGGCUGUAUUCAUAUUUUUUCUUCGAACAGGAUGAAAAUAACCAAGGUCUGUCGGACGAGGACCUACGAGCCGAGGUAGACACCUUUAUGUUUGAGGGACAUGAUACAACAGCCAGUGGGAUCUCCUGGAUUUUGUACUGUAUGGCCAAGUACCCUGAACAUCAGCAGAAGUGUCGCGAGGAGAUCAGGGAGAUAUUGGGGGAGCGGAACACAGUGGAAUGGUGAGAACCUGCAACCUUCUCUCUUGUUUCUGCAGAAAAUAAUAAUGCAUAAAUUAGCUGGAAAGUAAAGCAGGAGUUAAUUUUUUUCUAAUAUAAAUAGUUUUCAAGAACUUAACUCAUAUAAAACUGUCACGGCCCCCGACUCGCGGCUGCACACGGUCACAUCUGAUCGGUGCGACCGAGCUGACAGGCUGAGCUUACCUGCUUGACGACGAGCCAGGAGCCAUUCCGCCUGGGUAUCUGUCCCCUCUGCUAGUAAACAAGAUGGCGCCGACCACGCGGCUGUAGCCAUUUAUAGCCCCGUCCCCCAGGGUCACGCGAACUUGUCAACGCACACGCACGUUCUGGGGUCAGAGGUCACGCUCUGACCAAUCACAGCACAAGGAGGGGUGCUUAAACCCCUGAAGUUCCCUAGCUCAUUGCCCUGUCGUGGUUUCAGUUCCUGGUUCCCGAGAGUGCGUUUUCUUGUCUUGUAUUUGAUUUUCCCGGUAUUUUGACCUUGGCUAUCCCUGACUACUCUGAUUUCUGGUUCCCUUGACUUGGCUUUACAUAUCGUUCUCGUGUAUUUCUGGCUUCCAUGACUUUGGCUUUCCCUUGACCAUUCUCUGUCUUUCUACGUAUUAAUUCAACCAGUUAUGUUCAGUAUAUGUUACAUAGUUCUGCGUGCUGGACCACAAACUCAGUCGUGACAAGUAUUUUAGCUGUAUUAUAUAUAGAGUGAGUGUUGAAGAAGAUGUAAAAUAACAGAUGAAAUUAAUAUCUUGUCAUUUUGUUCUCAGAAAUGCUUUAGUUUUGAGAAAGGGAGGACCUCUUAAUAGAUAAGAAUAUCAGUUGUGACACUAGUUUCCUCCCCAUUAUGUUAAAAUGUUGUGUAACAUAUAAUGGGGAGGAAACUAGUGUCACAACUGGAAUUUUUAUUUUGUUUUGAUGUUAGUGUAGAUGAUGGCUCUUACUUCAUAUCCAGGAAUGGUUUGCUCCAGUAGACCUCUUGUCAGAUUGCCCUGCUUACCCAGAAUUUGAUGUGGACCUUGUGAAUUCAGGCGACAUCCGAGCUGGCAUAACUCUUUUGGUUCAUAUUAUUGAGGUAAACAGAUAUUUAUCAUUAGGUGUCUUGUCAAGGGAGACAUAUAGGAGAGGUAUUUUGGCAGGAUUUCAACCUGGUUUUCUUAGUUCUAAAUCAGUGAACUUACAUAAAGGACCCUCACAAGGGAACAGCACCAUAUAACUACUGACAGUCGCCUGCAUCCCCACAACAUGCAAGGUCAUGUCAGGUAUCAUAGCCUCCAAGAUCUAUGGGAAAAUGAGUCAAUCCAUGAGCAGUACUCAGAAGGAGAUUGGAAACCACACCAGAAGCUUAAAACCCCAGCUAUUGGUAGACCAAGCAGGCAGAUGGGUUUCUAAUACCAGGCAGACCAAUCUGUGCGCAGCCUGGAUUGACGUCAAGAAAGCCUAUGAAACAAUGUCACACACAUGGAUACUAGAAUGCUUUGCUCUAUACUAGUUCAACAGGAUGCUAAGAGCAUUGAUCAAGAACUCAAUGGGCAUGUGGAGAAUAACUCUAGAAGCCAAUUCCAGAACAAUUAUACAAGUGGAUAUCAAAUGUGGCAUAUACCAAGCUGAUGCACUAUCCCCAAUGUUGUUCUGCAUUAGCCUUAACUCUAUCAGACAGAUCAUCAUUAAGAGUUGAUACAGAUAUAGGUUUGAGAAAGAAACUACCAUCAGAGACCUCCUCUACAUGGAUAACAUCAAGCUAUAUGCCAAGAGUGAUCAGGACAUCAACUCACUGAUAUACUGCAAGAACAUCAGAAAGUCAUUCAGAUUAGAAAAAAGUAGGGUCAUAUGAAUAUCAAAAAGAGGAAAGAUGAUUAGAACUGAAGAAGUUGAAGUGCCAGAAGGCCAAUUAGGAGAUGUAGAGAACUGAUACCAAUACCUGUGGAUACCACAAACACAUGAGUACCAUGAGGAAGAGGCAAGGACAACAGCAACAUCCAAGUACCUCCAGAAAGUUAGACAGGUCCUGAAGUCCCAGUUCAAUGACAAGAAAAAGAGCCACAUCAUCAACAUAUAUGUCCUACCAGCCAUUACCUAGCUAAGAGAAUAGCUGGACACCAUGAAUAUCAAGACCAGGAAACAAAUCACUAUGAAUAUAGGAUUCUACCCAAAAUCCAGCCCCAGAGGCAGUUGGGGCCUAAUGAUUGUCACAACCACAGUCCUGGAUGCACCCACAAGUGCAUCACAAAGAUGCCUCCCAAAGAUAAACUUCUAAAGGAAUUCCUGAGACAACAGACAGGCAGAGUAUGCAGAAAAUGAGGAGGUUCAAUGGCAAGACAAAUGUCUCCAUGGAAUGUACACCAGCAGAUAGUGGAUGUGGCUCGGAUAACAAAAAUUCAACCAGUGGUUGGAGAAAGCAGGACUGAAAGACACAACUGAACCACUAACCCUAGCAUCACCAGAACAGACACUCACCACCAGACCAACAGAAGACCCAAGUUACUCACUAUGCAAAAAAGUCUCAGAGACCAUCCAUGUUUUAAUUACAAUUUUUAUAUUGUUAUUUUUACAUCCUUUGUGCCACUUUACCUAUUGAUGAUUUUUUUUUUUGUUUUUUUAUGUGACAAGGGAUGAUCUGGGUAAAAUGAUCUACACCACUUUAUGUAUUAAGGAGAGCAUGAGGCUUUACCCACCCGUCCCAGGUGUUGCCCGGGAGCUCAGUCAACCAAUUACGUUCUGCGAUGGACGGAGUCUUCCAAAAGGUAAGCUAUAAUUUCUCCUUACUAUUGAUGCCUAUUACCUGCUGUAUAAAACACUGGUAAAGCAGUAUUUAGAUUCGCAACGAUAAUAAUAAACAUGCAUGUGAUUUACUAACAAAAUCUGGUCUCCUUCACAUGCAAUCCUGAUGUUGUAACCAUGGGCAAAGUAUAGGUAAACUAGCAUUUAAAGGGAUUUUAUAAGGCACCAAAACAACUUCAGCUUAACAAAGCAGUUUGCUGUAUCGAAUAUGUCCCUGCAAUCUCACUGCUUAGUUUUUUGCUAUUUAGGUGUUGUCACUUCAUUAAUUCAGCCUUAGCCACAAGUCCCUGCAUGUGACUUAAACACCUUUCCUAAACACUUCCUGUAAAGAGAGGUAUAAUGUUUAAACUUCCUUUAUUGCACAGUGUUUCAUUUAGACUUGUUUUAUCUACUGCUUUGUUAAUAUCCUGCUAGAGCCUGCAGGCACUUCAGAUGUGUGUGUGAUUAAAGUUCAAUUUACAGAGCAGGAGAAAAUAACUUCUAAAGUAAGUUAAGAUCUGAUUGAAAAUGAAACCAUUUUUUUCAUGCAAACUUUUGUGGCGUGGCCUGCAUAAACAAAAACAAAAGUAAUUUAACUCCUAAAUGGCAGAUAAUUCAGCAAAGAGACUACAGGGGCAUGUUCUAUACACCAACACUGCUUAAUUUUGCUAAAGUUAUUUUGAUGCAUAUAGUGUGUCUUUAAGUAUUCUUGUUUAACAAUUAUUUCAGGAAGUAUUACUUUACUGAGAGGGUAGUGGAUGCAUGGAAUAGCCUUCCAGCUGAAGUGGUAGAGGGAGUUUAAGCAUGCGUGGGAUAGGCAUAAGGCUAUCCUAACUAUAAGAUAAGGUCAGGGACUAAUGAAAGUAUUUAGAAAAUUGGGCAGACUAGAUGGGCCGAACGGCUCUUAUCUGCCGUCACAUUCUUUGUUUCUAUUUUUAAGAUUUAAGAGUAUGUGUGUGGGUAUUUGAGUGUGUGUAUGUCUUUGUGUGUGUAUAUGUUUGUAUAUAUGUGUGCAUGUAUUUGUGUAUAGUUACAUGUGUAUGAGUUUAAUAGUGCAUAUAAUUGGCCCAAUACUUUAAUACAGGGGUCCUCAAACUCCGGCCCAGCAGAUGUUGCCGAACUACAACUCCCAUGAUUCUCUGGCUAUCUAUGCAAUUCAAAGAAUCAUGGGAGUUGUAGUUCAGCAACAUCCACAGUUUGAGGACCCCUGCUUUAAAACUUCAAAUUCUGAAUGUUUUUAUUGUCUCCAAACACCCUGAGGAGGGAGAGAAAUCGGUCAAUGUGCAACAAAAAAAAUUGUAUUUUCUGACAUUAUAACCUGCACAUUGUUUCCUUUCUAACAGGUGCUAAUGUCUUUCUGAGUUUAUAUAACAUUAACAGAUGUUCCAGCAUUUGGGAAGAACCAGAGGUAAGUGGAUAGUGGGGUUUUUAUGAAAUGUUAUUUUAUAUUUAAAUUUAAUUAAUUGGCCAAUCACCUAAGAAAAAAAAUAUUUCUGUUUAAGUAGAUCUUUAUUUAAACAAUUCUGCAAAAAAAAUAAAAAAAAUAAAUCAAAUAAAAAUAAUGUAUGGCAUAGUUUUUUUUUUUUUUUAUUUAAUUAUAAAAUUACAGUCGUGGAAAUGGUUGUGCUACGGAUUACCGGAACUGUCUUGCUCUGCACUGUAUGCUUUAGUAUACCUUUUUCUUUGACAAUACUCCGGAACCAGUCAAAUUGCAAAAGUCAUGAAGAUUUUGUUAAUAAAACAAUGCUGUAGAUUUUGCAUAAAACAUGUAGAAAAAUGUCAUAGAUACUCACUACUACUUAAGUUACACCAUAACAAUGUAUUGUGUGCACAUUUUCAGGUUUUUAAUCCCCAGCGCUUUUCUCCUGAAAAUACAUCCAAUAGAAACUCGUAUGCCUUCCUCCCCUUCUCUGCUGGAUCCAGGUAA